UAAACAAACACUCCCCACAUUUUUCUCACAUGGCAAUUCUACAACACCCAGUGGUCGUGGUGCUUCUCUCCCUUAUCCUGCACCACAUUCGCUGCUUAAAAUGCGCACCCUCCUCACCUUGAGGCCACAAACAUCACCAUGCCUCUCCUCGUUUUCUCCUCCUUCCUCUUACCUAAACAGCUUCAGACCCCACAAGCGCUUUCACUUCCUCAGCCCGUGUUCUUCUCUGAAGCAAACCAAGAAACAGAGCCUCCAAAAAAAUACUGCCACUCCAGGCAGCCCUCCACAGAGCCUAAAGUGGUUGUUCAAUAGCCCCAAGAGCAAGGAUGGUGGUGAGAAAAUUGAUGGAGAUAAAGAGGGCUUGGAGGGUGAUACUGCGAUUAAAGGUACCCUUUUGGCUGGUGUUUUACUAGUUGGUGUUGUUGGUGGCUUUGGUGCUGUUGGGUAUAUCUAUAAGGACCAGAUCAACGCUUUCUUGAAUCAGUUUUCGACCUUCAUUGAAGGUUAUGGUCCAGCUGGAUAUGCAUUAUUUGUGGCAGUUUAUGCCGGAUUGGAGAUCCUUGCAAUUCCGGCCAUUCCAUUAACAAUGUCAGCUGGUCUUCUUUUUGGUUCUGUUAUUGGCACUAUCAUAGUCUCAAUCAGCGGAACAGUGGCUGCAAGUGUUGCCUUCUUGAUCGCUAGAUAUUUCGCUCGUGAGCGUAUUCUUAAACUAGUAGAAGGAAACAAAAAAUUUCUUGCUAUUGACAAAGCUAUUGGAGAAAAUGGCUUCAGAGUUGUUACUCUCCUACGGUUGAGCCCUUUGCUUCCUUUUUCCUUGGGGAAUUAUUUAUAUGGGCUGACAUCAGUAAAGUUCGUUCCAUAUGUCUUGGGAAGUUGGCUGGGGAUGCUUCCAGGAACAUGGGCUUACGUGAGUGCUGGUGCAUUCGGGCGAGCUAUAAUUCAAGAUGAAUCGGAAGUUGGUUUACUGCUAGGAAACGGUAAUUCACUGGUAACACUGGGGCUUGGGUUGUUAUUCACGGCUUUGGCUGCAGCUUACGUCACACGACUUGCAAAGGAUGCUGUAAAAGAUAUUGAGUAGGAUCGAGUAUUGGCUUUUCCCCAGAAGAAGUCAACUGGUACAAUUAUAAUAGGAAAUGGAAAAAUUGAGGGAUGCAUCGCUGCUCCCUUGUAUAUCAAAAAUAUUUAUUCUGACCGAACCAAAAAUAGCCAGCCCGCUUCUUGCUUAUUUUUGAAAUGUAUUAAUCACUGUAUUCACCAUGACUCGCUAAGGAAUAAAUCUUAAUCUUUUGGUGUA